AUAUCGGUCAGCACGGUAAGCACCAGAAGAUUCAGCCGCGCGGGAACUCCAAGUUCGAUCCUGUCAUCGGACAGCGACAUUCGAUUUACGAGGAAGCUCGGUGGACAAUAUCGUUGCGGAUGCUGCGUGUUAGCAGCGUUUUUGCUUUUCCUCCUCUUCUCUGGAAUCUCCAUAUACCUUGGCUACACGUUCUUAACGUCGGAUCCCCCAGGUGAUCAGAUAUUCCUGGCGACAUUUCGAGUGAUCGAAGGUGACUCCUUCGUUUCAGAACUAGCAGAUCCCUCUACCGAAGCCUUUCGAAUACGAUCACGAGAGUAUCGCGAUCGACUUAAUCUUAUCUUUCGCCGCAGCUGGCUAAGAAUCUCUUUCCUCGCUGUGGAAAUAUUGGCGCUCGAUGGAUCCGAAAAUGAGAAUUUGGCGGUACAUUUCGAGAUUCGAUUCGACCCACGAUACCAGACUAUCACCACCGCGGACGUCGUUGAUAUUCUCACGCGAGAGAUCGAUCCUGCAACCUCGCAGUAUUUGAACAAUUUAACGAUCGACUCGCAAAGUCUCGAGGUUCAAGAGAGCUUGAAAGCUCUGAACGCUCAAGUCGGUCAACAGACGACAGUUUCAACACCACCACCAACUACUACACCACCGCCUCCGAGAAGGUGCACCAGUUUGGAUUUAUCUUACUGCAAACAUCUUCCAUACAAUGUCACAUCGUAUCCGAAUAUAUUAGGACAUCGUUCGUUGGCUGACGUGGAGGAGGAUGUGAUCGCUUUCAGGGAGCUAGUCGACGCGGAAUGUUACCGAUUGGCGUACGACUUUGUGUGCCAAGUAUUGCAACCAGCGUGUAUAUCCAAUCAGCCGGAAGACCUGCUUCAGCUACCGUGCAGGAGCUUCUGCAGAGAAUUCUGGAACGGAUGCGGUAGCCGACUUCCGGACAAGAUUAAACGCCUGCUGGAUUGCUCGAAUUUCCCAGAAUAUGUGGACCAAGGUGGUUGCAGAGCAAAGCCAGGAUGCGUGCAAGCGCUUCAAGCGAAAGCAUUGUCACCGAGAAUUUGCGACGGCGUGAUCGACUGCCCUGACCUUUCCGACGAGAAGAAUUGCGCUUAUUGUCGCGACGGUUACAUGCAUUGCGGUGUAGGCAGAACUUGUAUUCCACGUGGCAAGAGAUGCGAUGGAAAAUUGGACUGCGCCAACGGCAUAUCUUUAGCGCCGAGUAUUCGAUCUGUGAAAUCACAACCUUCGGAUACACCGUUCGCCGCGAAAUAUAACAACGAAGGAUUUGUGGUGUUUAACGAGAAAGGCACUAUCGGGAAACUUUGCACCGCAAAUCUGAACGCGACACUGCCAGGAACGGAAAUGGAAACCGUUCUUCAAACUGCUGCCAGCUCCUUGUGCAGUCUGUUAACUUACACAGGAGUGAAAUCCGUGGAAGUAAGAAUCGACGAUGAAGAGGACGUUCAAUAUGUACAUAUGGAGGAUCCAUCGGCAACAGAGAUUACGUUUGUUAGAGCACCCUGCCCGAGCAAAGAAGUUAUGUACGUCCAAUGCUCUGAACUCGAGUGUGGCGUACAAUCUUUACACGCAAAGAGUGGUAGCCGAGGUCUUAAUAAAAUGGCAGAACCAGGAGAUUGGCCUUGGCAUGUGGCACUCUUCAAGGAAGAAGUGCACGUAUGCGAUGCAACACUCGUGGCGGAAAAUUGGUUGAUUACAACAGCCUCAUGUUUUCAAGGUCAGCCAAAGGCAGAAUGGUCUGCAAGAAUGGGUACUGUACGUCUCUCGAGCACGUCGCCGUGGCAACAGGAACGUAGAAUUGUGGGUAUGAUUAAAUCACCAGUAGAAGGUAGCACGACUGUUUUAUUGAAGCUUGAUCGACCUGUCACCACGUUUUCUGAUUUCGUAAGACCUGUAUGUCUACCUUCAAGUCAAGAUCCACCGAUGAAUAUGACUCAUUGCAACACUCUUGGAUGGGCCAGAAAUCGUGAUUUACUGCAGAGGUUGCAGCUUAGGCAUAGCGCGAUGGAACGAUGCGAGAAUAUCAGUAUUGCAUCAGUAAAUAGUGUUUGCACGGAACCGGCUUAUUCUACUGACGAUUGCAACGAGGAAGAAGUUGCAGGAAGUCCUAUGUUAUGUCUUCAGCCAGAUGAUCGUAGAUGGGCGUUAACAGGCGUUGGUAGUUGGCGAAUAGCUUGUUCGAAAGCUGGUGUUGAAAGGCCACGAUUAUACGAUAAAAUUUCUUCGAAUAUUGCUUGGGUAAAAUCUACGAUCGAAUAGAUACUUAUCAAAGAUAUUAUUUAACAAAUCAGUAUGAACUGACAGGAACUGAUAAUUGAUAUUACGAUAUACACCCUCGCUCGAAACUUUGGAGCACGUUGAAGUUUCUUUAAAUAGAUGAAUACUUUAUUUAUGAUAUUAUUAUUUCGAGGUAUUGAAAUUUUAACAUUCUAUAAUCCAAAUUUAAUUAUAAUAAUAUAUUUAUUAAUUAUUUUAGGAACAUAUUAUAUAA